AAGACAGCUCCCGUGACCGCAGCAACGGUGGCCGCCUCUGCUGCCGCGUCCGUUGCUCCUACGAUGGUGACCCGUGGUGCGGGGAAGAGGCCGCCAGGGACAGGUAGCCCCCAAGGAGCUGUGAAGCGUCCUAAAGUAACUCAGGGAAGAACUGGAGUGGCGCGGGGCAAGGCCGCUCGUCAAACUGACCAGUCUUACCCCAUAAGUUUGCCCCCUCUCGCGGCGACCGACACCGAGGCGGCUGAGCUAGCGUUCCAUACUGUGAGCGAUCAGCUUGAUAUGCCAUCGGAGUAUACUGCGACCUCGCAGGGGUGCAACCGAAGACUCGCUGGGAUUGCUUCUCAGUUCUUUUUCUCGGCUCAGAUUGGAUUUUCGCAGAUCAUUAUGCUGAAUGACCGCCUAUCCAAGACCGUUGAUGAGAAUGUGGUUGAGAUAGCCAAGUUGAAGAAGAAUCUGGCUGAAGGGCGGUCGGCGUUGAUAGGAGAGCUGCGACCCGUUUUGGAACGCGGUUUCGAGGAGCGGUUGUCCAAGCAACGGGAAGAGCUGUCUGCGGAGAAAAAGGCCCGGGUGGCGGUCGAACGUGAGCGGGACAGUAUGCAAAAGAAGCUUCGGCAAGCAGAAGAGAUCGGGAGGACGUUAUUGGAGGAACAAGAGUCGCUUCAGAAGGGGAUAGACGCCCUCAAGCUGGAGAAGGCCACCCUCCAAGAGGGUCGCAAGGCGGAGUUGGCCGCCGCUCGAGCUGAGGCGGGUUCGGCCUAUCUGCAGUCCGCGGAGUUCCCGGCCCUUGAUGGGGAGAAGUACAAAAAGAUAGUGGGAGAUGUUGUGGCCGCGAUCCGUCAUUUGUUCCGCAGCGACCAACCGGAUGCAGUUUGGGAUACUGACAAGGUUUGGGACGCGAUUGGGGCUUGGACGGAUGCUGAUGUGAACUCCGAGGCGGACGAUGAAGGUGAUGAAGAAGCCCGCGAUGAGGAGGAGUAGGAUAGGGAGCGGUCUCCAGCUGUCUGAUGCUUUGUUUCAUUCGGACCGCCAGGCGGUUGAUGUUUUGUAUUUGUGACUUGUGGAUUUCCGGACCGCUCGAUGUCCGUUAUUUUGUGCGUGUUUUGCCCCCUACACAGUGAUGGGGGUUUAUGCUACUCUACGUGCGGCAUCGCUAUGCCUUGUGAACUUGUAGUGAUUUCUUUGUAGCUUCGAGGGUUUGAACCGCUACUGCUU